AUGGAACAAACUGGUGUACCUUCUGCCUCAUUCUCAACCAUCACAGCUCCAAUCUUCGAUGGAGACAACUACCAGGCAUGGGCAGUGAAGAUGCAAGCUUUCAUGGAGGGUGCAGACCUAUGGGAAGCUGUGGAAGAGGACUACGAGGUUGCUGAUCUACCCAACAACCCAACUAUCAAUCAAAUCAGGUACCAUAAAGAGAAGGUAACCCGAAAAGCAAAGGCAAAAUCUUGCUUAUUUUCUGCUGUCUCCUCGACCAUAUUUACUAGAAUCAUGAAAAAAGAUUCAGCACAUGAUAUAUGGAAUUAUAUAAAGGAAGAAUAUGAAGGGGAUGAGAGAGUGAAAGGAAUGAAGGUGCUGAACUUGUUAAGGGAGUUUGAAAGGCAGCAGAUGAAGGAGAAUGAGUCUGUGAAAGAGUUUGUUGAUAGGCUAGUUGAUAUAGCCAAUAAGAUAAGGGUGCUAGGGACGGAUGUAGAUGAUAAAAAGCUGGUUCAGAAGGUUUUGGUUGCAGUGCUUGAAAGAGUUGAAGCAACCAUUGCUUCCCUUGAGAACACUAAGGACAUUUCAGACAUCAAACUUGCUGAAGUCCUAAGUGCUCUAUAG